AUGUGUGGAAUAUUCUUCUGUUUGCAUCAAGAAAGGAACUUGUCGCCGGAUCCUGAGUCUGAAGCACCUUCAAUUCAUGACAUACGCGCCACUUUGAAGACCAUCAAUGCACAGCGUGGUCCUGAUGCCCAGCGCACCGUUAGCCUCACCAUACCAGCUUCCCCUUCGGGAUACACCGACAUAACGAAACCUCCCAUCGUCCAUUUAGAAUUCUUCUCGUCUGAGUUAAGGUUACGAGGCACAGCACCUAUCGUACAACCGCACGAAUCGAAUAAUAAUAUCUUAUGUUGGAACGGAGAAGUGUUUGAAGGAUUGGAUAUAAAGCCCGAUCAAAAUGACGGUGCUAUCUUGUUCCAAGAGCUCUGCAAGCUUCAGUCACCUUCAGAAAUAGCCGCGCUAUUUGGGAGUAUAGAAGGCCCGUAUGCGUUUGUGUUUUUCCAUGCAGCAUCCCAGCAUGUAUUUCUCGGGAGGGAUCCACUAGGCCGUCGAUCCUUACUGAUUCAUAGACCAACCCCGUUGCAGCCUCAUCUGUUACUUUCAUCAGCGACAUGCGGGCCCUCGCCUGGUUACGACAUCGAGGAGCUAUCGACAGAGUUUCUUCACUAUAUCGACUUCUCUUGUUUCGUAGACGAGGUCUGCUUGUCGACCAUACCUCGACAGAACGCCGAAACAAAAGCUCCAACUCCCUUCGCGAUUCCAUCACGAGUAAAUCCAGUAUUACCCCCAGACGACUUCCCAAAGCUCACAACUUUGGACGUUAUUCCUCCACACCUCUCACAAGCAGUCGACGAUCUCAUUAACCAACUGAACAGAAGUACGAGAUUACGCGUACUGGACAUCCCCUCAAUUGACUGUAACCUCAUCAAUCCUUCGAAGGUGGCGAUACUAUUCAGCGGCGGCAUAGACUGUACUGUUCUCACCUAUCUCGCUCACCGGAACAUCCCAUUAGAAGAACCCAUCGACCUUCUUAACGUAGCUUUCGAGAAUCCUCGCAAGCUACAAGACCAAGACACCGAGCAUGCAAAGCACAAAAAUUCUGGGAAACCCGAGCAACCGCGGCGACCUGUGUAUAAGGUCCCCGACAGGAUGUCGGGUCUGGAGGAAUUGCAAGAGUUACGCAGGUUGUGCCCUGAUCGUCAAUGGAAUUUCGUAGAAAUCAAUGUUCCAUACGCCGAAUCUCAAGCAGCAAGGCCGACUAUUGAAGCCUUGAUGUUCCCAUCAAAUACCGUCAUGGACUUGAGUCUCGCAAUGGCUCUAUAUUUUGCUUCAAGGGGCAUCGGCCAGGUACGUCGACAGAAAGAUAACGAGCCAGAGCCGUACAUCAGUCCUGCGCGGGUCAUUCUCAGCGGACUGGGAGCGGACGAAUUGCUAGGUGGGUAUAGUCGUCACAGGACUGCAUUCACCCAUGGAUGGAAAGCUCUGGUAGACGAGCUGCAACUAGAAAUCGACCGAAUUCCGACGCGCAAUCUCGGCCGCGACGACAGAAUUAUCUCGUCUCACGGAAAAGAAACACGGUAUCCCUUCUUGUCGCUCAGCGUCGUGAAUUUCUUGGCCUCGCUUCCUGUUCAUUUCAAGUUGGAUCCACGCUUGGAGACUGGCAUGGGAGAUAAGAUGCUUCUGCGGUUGGCUGCAAGAAAGUUGGGCCUGAUGGAAGCUAGCCAACGGAAGAAGAGAGCUAUGCAGUUCGGUAGUUACUCAGCUCGGAUGCAUGGGGAGAAGAAAGGCGAUGUACCCUUGGAAUAG